AUGAAACGCCGCCCGGGGAAGAGAGCGGCGAGGGCAGCGCCGGGGCCCAGCGGCCGGCCAGGACCCUCCGGCGCCAGAGGGGGAGCCGGCGGGAGGCGGCCGAAGAGGACGCCUGAGGGGAAAGUAAGCGGGCGGCGGUGCGGUGCAGUGGUUGGAGCGUCAGCCCUCUUGCUAUUUGAGGUCCCCUCUCCGGGGACGCGGGUGGCGCUGUGGGUUAAACCACAGAGCCUAGGACUUGCUGAUCAGAAGGUUGGCGGUUCGAAUCCCCCCGUUGCUCAGUCCCUGCUCCUGCCAACCUAGCAGUUCGAAAGCACAUCAAAGUGCAAGUAGAUAAAUAGGUACCACUCCGGCGGGAAGGUAAACGGCGUUUCUGUUUGCUGCUCUGGUUCGCCAGAAGUGGCUUAAGUCAUGCUGGCCACAUGACCCGGAAGCUGUACGCCGGCUCCCUCGGCCAAUAAAGCAAGAUGAGCCCCGCAACCCCAGAGUCGGUCGUGACUGGACCUAAUGGUCAGGGGUCCCUUUACCUUUACUUUUACCUCCGUGGAUGUUCAUCUCUCCAUUGAUGAGGAGGAGAUUGUCAUCUCUUUCAUGGCAAACCACGACUGAUAAAGAGGAUUUCAUGCUUGAGGGAGAGUUGUGCUAGAAAUGCUGCUCAGCGUCGAAGCUCCGGAUAGAGUGCUGUUUAAGCGAAGGCCACCGCUUGGGAGGCGGGGUAUUCGCACCACCACCCCCUUUCAGCCCUUGCCGCUGUGUUGGAGUUCACCCGGAUAGAUCAGGUGCAGGUAACCAGGUGCAGAAUGGUUCUGCGCAGGUAACUCUCACGUGAAGGCUGCUUUCCCGUGCCAUCGCAGCCUUGCACGGAUUGGGGUGGGUGGGUUGGAAGUAAAUGGAAAGCGGAGGGAACCCACUGUUCCCCACUCCCCUUUUAUUUAUUCCCACAUGCGCACACCUGUGCACCUGGUGGGUUUUCCUCUGGCAGCAUCCUAGCACCCCACCACCUUCCCAGCGCCUGGUAAGCAGCCUUCCCCACCUUGCAGGGGAGGGAGUUGCAGGAGUUACUGGCUUUACAGUACAUGAUUUCAUGUUUACGUGUGGACCUCUGGAACACACAUAGCUGUCAACGUUUCCCUUUUUUAAAGGGAAAUCCCCUUACAGUGGUGCCCCGCAAGACGAAUGCCUCGCAAGACGAAAAACUCGCUAGACGAAAGGGUUUUCCGUUUUUGCGUUGCUUCACUAGACGAAUUUCCCUAUGGGCUUGCUUUGCAAGACGAAAACGUCUUGCACUUUUUUUUUUAAAGCCGCUUGAAGAGGCGCAGUUGCGACGGACCGUGCUUCGCAAGACGAAAAACAUUGCAAGACGAAAAGACUCGCGGAACGAAUUCUUUUCGUCUUGCGAGGCACCACUGUAUUCCGAAUAGGAUUCCUCGCAAGAAAAGGGAAAAGUUGACAGCUAUGUCCCCACAACCUUCCCAGCGCCUGGUAAGCAGCUUUCCCCACCUUGCAGGGGAGGGAGUUGCAGGGGUUACUGGCUUUACAUGAUUUCAUGUUUAUGUGUGGACCUCUGGAACCAAACCCUUGUGUAGGAUGUGUGUUAUGUGCACACAGUUUUGUUUCGUGUGUGUGUGUGUGUAGGAUUGCAUUCUUAGUAUCCUGAAGCUGCAUAACAAGCUGUGAAUGUAUUGCUGUACCUCUGCCAUAAACUCAAGAAUGCAAGGCUUAACCCCCUCCCAGCCAUCUGCAGUAUAACUGACCUGCCUUAGAAGGUGAUUGUAGGGGCUGUGAUAAUGUCAUGUAUGCAAUGUGCUUUGUACAUUCGAAAUAGCUGUAAGAGUGCUAAGUAGUAUCGCCAUAGGAAAGCCCAAAUUACAGUGAUGGUAGACUCAACUGGCCACUAGGUGGUGGAGUUGUUCCAGAGAUGUGCAACUGGGCAAGCCGUACAGCUGUUAAAUAAAGCACCAGAAGUACAUAAAUGUUUGCGGGCAGGAUCGCUUCAGUCAUUCAGCAUAAGUUGGAUGGUUACUCAUAAGUUGCACUGUAUUUUCUGACGCACAAAUGUUAAGAUCUUGAGCCUAGACUUAGUUUUAGGCUGGAACUAUGGAGAAGGAGGUUCUGCUUUCUGCUGCACAGAACCACCCCCCCCCCCCCCCGCUAUUCACUAAAAUCUUUCUUCAUUGGGCAUGGGCCAGUGAUAUUUGGUUUAUGUCCUGGCAUGGUUGUAGGCGUCUUAUGCAGGUUUCAUUCUUGACUGCCAAUUUGUAUGAUGACAACACUGCAGGUUUCUUUUUGCUGUGAUGGAGCGUUCUGCCCAUAUUGUCUUCAUACAACUUGAGGUACAAAGUGUUUUUAAAUUCAGAAGCAACAGACUGAAACUAACAAGAGGACAAAUAGAAGAGGACACCUUCACUCCAGUAUAGGUCCCCUUUAAUCACAUACACAGCCCAACAAGACAACAAGAACCCACCGCCAUACGAAUCAAUCUGGCAUAGUUGACCCAACAAGCCACACCCACCCCUCAUAAAUGCAAACAAGCCCCACUGCAGCCAACCACAACCAACCAACCACACCUUGGGCCCCCUUAAUCCCUCUCACUACCAAGGAAAUUGUAACAAGUAAAUAGAAAGAGAACCUAUCCAGUCAGUGUUAGAAACUGAGAUAUGAACAAUAGGAGCUAAAUGGCACCUUAAACCUAGGUUAUGGGCACAACAACGGAAUGUCUAGGGACACAUUUUUAUAACAAGAAUACAAAGCUGAAAAUGAAUUAACUGCAGCUAAAAUAUUAUGUUCAUUUUUCACAUGGUCUAGUCCUUCCCCUGCCUACCGCCCAUAUAUUAUUAAGAGAGUCUCUUCUCCAGUCUUCAGAGAGUAGCUGGAAGUGGGGAGGCAGAAAAAGGUCCUCCUUUCCUUCCACUCUGCAGUUUUAAUCUGAAAUCUUAAGUGCGGUACUGCGCCCAGAGCUCAGAAACUGCUUGCACUAAUGAUAUUCCCUGUCGCAAAAUGUGCCUAUAACAAUAGGAGUUUCGAACACUGUAUCCGGUUGAUGCUGACACAAAACCCCACAUGUACUCUAUAAAAAAGAAAGUAAGUUUCACCCCCUCCUCUCCCCCCUUUUUUCUUUUUCUUCCCCGACCUUAUACUGUACUCGACACUGAUGUCUCACUACAAACAUAACUUCUGUAGAAAAGACCUUACAACCUGAAAAAAGAGGCAAUGCAUUUUCUUUUGUAAACUGAGAAAAUCUUUAAUAAAAAAUAUUUUAAAAAACCAAAAAACAAAGGGACUGACUGGAAGAACAGAGAGAAAGCAAUGUAUAGUGCAGAUUCUGUGACUGCAUACUCCACUGCAUUUGAUGAGGCUUACUGUCAGAUAAGUGGUCAUGGGAGUGCACUGAAGAAUCUUGCUCAUUAAGUAUAUGUUUAAACUUGAUAUGGUGCCCAUAAAGAAGCCAGUGUGGGCUUCAGUGGGUUGUGAAUCAGGCAUUUGUAUACUACAUUUGUAAAAACACAUGGCAAUUCAAGCAUUUAAUUGACUCUGUUUUCCUGUAUGUUUCUCUAUAGCAAGGUGUGCAAGCAGUCCAGAAGAAACAAAGGCAGCAGAGAGCACAGUCUUCUGAAGGUAUUAGUAUUGGUAUUAGUAAUAAUCUUAAUAUUAGCACAGAGAUAGAUCUCAAAGCUCUGUUACAAUUGUGAAUUUGUAGGCAGGGCAAGCCGUAGCCCAUAAAGUGUAGGGAUUUACUAUAUGAAAAGUGUAUGAAAAAUUAAGCCACUGUCACAAUGUGUCCACACUCUGUUGGUGUUUAGUGUGGAUGCAUUGUGGGUAAUUUAAAUUGCUGACACUUCUAAGAGGCUGCUGCCUGUUUGGUCCAUGGGGAGGAAUCCCAGCAUUCCACUGACCUCUUCCUCCCUGCCCUAACCUGGCCCAGAUUAUUCUCCUUUUUACUGUCUGGAUAUUUCCCUCAUGCCUUCCCUUCUGCCUAUCCAGACCCCUUCUAAAAAGGGGCAGUGUUCUGUGUUUGGAUCCUGUCUCUCUGCAGGCUCCAUUCUGCUCUCCUUCCUUCUUCCUUUAUGUCAAAAUGUAACAACCCCCUUUCUCUUCCCAACUUCUGUAAGAUCCUUCCCCUUUUCUUUCAAAUCUAAACUUCCCCCACCCCAUCCUUUUUUAUGGUGGUGGCCUAUUUCUCUCUCUCUCUUGCUCUCAUUCUCUCUCUUGGACUUUUUUGCACCCUAAACCCGACCAGCUUUGUGGGUCAAAACUCAAAUAGCCUUUCCGACUUGUACGAGCCGGUGGGGUCUCCUUCUUCAUUGAUUGGUGUGUGGCUGCCUGCCCCUCAGCAAAGAAGUACCAGGCGGGAGGAGCAAGCUGCUUUGUGUUCUACAAGGAGGCAUUUAAAAAGAACCCUGAAAGUAGGGUGCGUCCUCUCCUACUCCCAGCAUCCCUUUCCCCCUCUUCAUCUUUACCUCUCAUCCUAGGCAACCCCCCCCCUUAACAGUCACCCAGCUUUAUAGGGACAGGGAUAGUCAGGAAAAGUCCAUCCUGUGCCGGGUGUUUCUUGCUUUCCUUCCCCAUAAUAACAAAGUACAGUGGUACCUCGCGUUACAGACACUUCAGGUUACAGAUGCUUCAGGUUACAGACUCCGCUAACCCAGAAAUAGUACUUCGGGUUAAGAACUUUGCUUCAGGAUGAGAACAGAAAUUGUGCGACGGUGGCAGCGGAGGCCCCAUUAGCUAAAGUGGUACCUCAGGUUAAGAACAGUUUCAUGUUAAGAACGGACCUCCAGAAUGAAUUAAGUUCUUAACCUGAGGUACCACUGUAUUUCUGUUUGUGAUCUUGUUUUGUUCUCUCCACCCCUGUACGGCACACUAAUUUCAGGAAAGGCAGGCUGGGACUGCCAUGUGGAGUGUGUUAGCUCAGCCCUGCAGAGCAGUGACAUUGCUUGGAUUCCCCUUGGCACAUGUGCUCCCACUUAAAGAUGCACAAAAAAUGGGCCAGUAAAGGGGCGGGGCAGAAUGGGGAAAUACUCAUUUACACAUGUACUGUAACAGAAUCUUAGUGUAUGUAAGUGGCUCCCACAAGGGAGCUGCAGAAAGAAUGUGGUUUGUUAAGGGAGACAUGGACUCAAAAAGGUUGAAAACCACUGCUCUAGCACAACCAGGCCAGAGUUGUUAGGUAUGGAGGAAUCUUGAAAGGAUCCCCAUUGCUUAGAAGGCACUGGGCCAUUCCUGGUUCCUUAUUUACUAUGCAAAGGGGAGGGUGGGACACAUAGGCAGUAUUAAUUGUGGCUGAUUUGCAAAGGCAGUGACUCUGUUGCCCUGCAAGUUGGUUACGAAGUUGUUGGCACAGCAUUCUAGGCACAUCUAGCUAUCACAGUGGUGAUACUGACAAACUCGCUUGUUCUUUGCCAGCCGAAACAACUUCUCUGUCUUCAAAAGUAGUGAAGGUGACUGCAGGCCAAAGAGCAAAAUGGCAGCCACUUUCAAAGAACACAAGAGAGCAGUUGGAAUCCAUGAUGCAUUGGUUAAUAACGUAAGUAUGAAAGACCUUUCCAUCAGUACUAUAUUAACUUCCUUUGAGAGGCUUCAGCUGUGUUGAUACAUUUAUUUGUGUUAUCAGUAAAUAGCUAUAGUUCUUAGACUAAUAGAAUUGUAGAGGUGGAAGGGACCCCGAGGGCCAUCUCCCUGCAAUGUGGGGAUCUUAACUAACAUCCCAUUAUAUUCAGUUAGCCUUCUUCCACUCUUGUUAGCAGCGGGACGCGGGUGGCACUGUGGGUUAAACCACAGAGCCUAGGGCCUGCCGAUCAGAAGGUUGGCAGUUCGAAUCCCCGCGACUGGGUGAGCUCCCGUUGCUCGGUCCCUGCUCCUGCCAACCUAGCAGUUCGAAAGCAUGUCAAAGUGCAAGUAGAUAAAUAGGUACCGCUCCAGUGGGAAGGUAAACGGGUUUCCAUGCGCUGCUCUGGUUCGCCAGAAGUGGCUUAGUCAUGCCGGCCACAUGACCCGGAAGCUGUACGCCGGCUCCCUCGGCCAAUAAAGCGAGAUGAGCACCGCAACCCCAGAGUCGGCCACGACUGGACCUAAUGGUCAGGGGUCCCUUUACCUUUACUCUUGUUAGCAGACCUUAUAUCUUGAGUGAAUUAAAUUGGAAGAAUCACUUACAGUUUCUGGACUUAAAAUGCUUUAUUGAUGCAUCAACCAUUUACAGUGUGCGUGGAGAUGAGAGACAGAAAACAGGAAACAAAAUGGUUCAGCUUUUAGCAGUGGAGUUAAAUUAGAGAGCUACACAUGGUGGCUGGAUUAUUAUAUAAGCAGUGCCCCUUUGUGGUUUAAAGGAACACAUGACUUAACUAUGAACUCAAGAGAAGGAAAUAUAUUUGGUUUUCGCCAAGAGAACUUGGCUUCCUGCCAGCAAAAGGGAAUGGCUUUUAAUAAAAGUGGCAUUGAAGCAAUUAACAUUUGCUGGCAGCAAAUCUGUAUAGUGUAUGUAUGGUGUGAGUGAACAGCUCAGCUGCUGUGCAUACAGGUACACAGUCUGUACCCUCGUUUAACAAUCAUAGAAUUGUAGAGAUGGAAGCAGUUCUGAGUGUCUUGGUCCACCCCUUGUAAUAUAUGAAUCUUAACUAAAGCAUCCAUGAUCGAUGGCCAUCCAACCUCUGCUUAAAAUCCUUCAAGGAAAGAGAGUCCAGCACCUUCCAAGGGUGUCCAUUGAACAGGCCUUACAGUCAGAAAGUUCUUCCUGAUGUUUAGUUGGAAUCUCCCUUAUUGUCAUUGGUUUGGAUCCUGGCUUCUGGAGCAGGGGAAAACAAGCUUUCUCCAUCUUCCAUGUGAUAGCCCUUUGGUUGUUUGAAGAUGGUUAUCACAUCUCCUUCCAGUCUCCUCUUUUCUAGGCUAAACAUCCCCAGCUCCCUAAACUGUUCCUCACAAGACUUGGUUUACAGAACCUUGAUUAUCUUGGUCACCCUCCUCUGCACACAUUCCAGCUUGUCAACAUCCUUCUUAAAUUGUGCCUAGAACUGGGCACAGUACUCCAGGUGAGAUCUGACAAAGGCAGAAUAGAGCAGUACUAUAACAUCCCUUGAUCAGAACACUAUACUUCUGUUGAUGCAGCCCAGAAUAGUAUUCACUAUUUUUGCUUCUGCAUCACACUAUUGACUCUGUAAAGCUUGUUGUCUAUUAAGACCUCUAGAUCCUUUUCACAAGUACUGCUGGCAAGGCAUGGCUCUUAUAAUUGCGCAUCUGGUUCUUCCUGCCUAAAUGCAGAAUGUGGUAUUUUUCCCUAUUGAAAUUCAUUCUGUUGGUUUGGGCCCAGUUCUCCAAUCUAUUAAGGUCAUCUUGAAUCCUGAUCCUGUCCCCUGCAGUGUUAGCUACCCCUCCCAAUUUGGUGUCAUCUGCAAAUUGGAUGCUUAUCCUCUCAAUUCCUUCAUCAAAGUCAUUUAUAAGAUGUUGAAUAAUGACGGGCCCAGAAGAGAACAGUGCUGGACCCACCUGUUCCUUUUUUAUUUUUCUUUUCUUUAUAAAUUUUUAAUCAACCGUUUUCUUAAUACAAUAAGAUAAAAGAAACUAAGAAAGAAAGAAAAUGUAGAGUCCUCUCUGAAAGGUAGCUCUUAACCCUUAUCAUACACAGAAAGUGAUAGCUAUCAGGAAACAAAACAAAUCAACCUAGUUCUUAUCUGAGAGCAGCAGCAAAUUCAGCAAACAUUUUUCCACAAGGAAGAAAUAAAAUAUCAAUAUGUUACUCUCUUUCCUUCCAGAUCUCUUCAGUAUGAAACUACACAGAAUAACAAUGAAGCUGAAAAGCACUUAAAUUGCCUCAGGAAAAGGUAAGGAAUAUACCAUAGCAAGUGGGGGAAAGGACUGCAGGUGUUUGUGCAACGUGACGCUGAGCAUGUUUACAUACAUAAAUGCUAUUCAGUUAUUUUUAAUCCCUGGUAUACAUCCAUUAAUCUUUAGGGCUUCAGCCUUAAAGGUAUAAGAGCAGGUAUGGUGUGGUUAGAGUGUUGGACUAACACCUAACCCCACUUAGCCAUGAAGUUCUCUGGGUGACCUUGGGCCAGUUACUGUGUCUCAGCCUAACCUACCUGAAAGGGUUGUUAAGAUAAAAUGGGGAGAGGGAGAACCAUGUAUGCCACCUUGAGCUCCUUCAAGGAACAGUGAGUUAUAAACGCUAUAAAAUAAAAUAUCCAAUGCAGGGAUGUGCCAGAUCCAGAUGUGUCCAGGCCCCCCUCCCCAUGGGUGAUUUUGACAGGUGGGGGUGCCAUGGAUUUGUCAAUCAUUGGAUCUUAUAUGACAUCAGGUGAUUGGGUACAGCUGCAAAGGAAGAAUGAGGAUCACGUUCUGGUACUCUGUUCUUCCUUUGCCGCAGCUGCAUCUUGAACUUUGCUGUAACUAAUGUCAUACAUUAUGUUAGGCUUGGGAAAGGUGGACAUGGCUGGUCAAAAAUAGGUUGAUGGGGCAACCUCUGAGACCUUGCAGGCCUAGUCAUGCACAUGAGCCGGAGGUUCCCACACUUUCCUAAUGCUAGGAUGUCUCAGUUGGUGUCCCAGUGGAUUAGGUCCCACAUUAUAUUGCUUUACUUCUCCCCUUGGAAGCCUAUUAAAGUGGUACCUCGGGUUAAGUACUUAGUUCGUUCCGGAGGUCCGUACUUAACCUGAAACUGUUCUUAACCUGAAGCACCACUUUAGCUAAUGGGGCCUCCUGCUGCCGCCGCGCCGCCACUGCACAAUUUCUGUUCUUAUCCUGAAGCAAAGUUCUUAACCCGAGGUAAUAUUUCUGGGUUAGCGGAGUCUGUAACCUGAAGUGUAUGUAACCUGAAGCGUAUGUAACCUGAGGUACCACUGUAUACCUCUGUGAAAGGAGCUGGUGAAAUAGACAUAGUUUCACUCAUAAUAAAAUACGUUUUGUGAGAGUGAAACUUAAUGGUAAACCUUUCCCUGAGAUAAUUAUGCUCCAGUGUUCCUUAAUUUUGAAAGCCUGGUGCCAGAUUGCUCAUGAGGGGGGUCAGUCUAUGUGAUAAAAUACAUUUAGACCUUUUAGCCUGUUAUUUGGAGAAUAAAGUGGUCCAUGUGAAAACAGAAGUUAGCCAUAUGGGUUGACCAUUUGGAUUAUAUUGAACAUUCUCUUCUCCCUCAGUCCAAAGCAGAAAAUAUUUAUGUUCUGUUCAGUACUUCAAGUAAGCAAGGCUUGUGAGAACUCUAGUAAUACAGUAAUAUAGUAUUGCCCUUUCCAUAAGUAUAAAUAUUACACAAGGUGAGAAUCUUGUUUAUCGUUUUGCUCAAGGCUCGUCAAACAUUUUGAGACCCUAAAGGUUCCCGUGGAGAAGGUGAGCAGCCUGAAGAAUGUGCAUAAGAUGCUAGCAGAGGAAAAGGAAAAGAGUGUUUCUCUUGAAGAGGGUUUGGCAAAACUGCAGGUGAGGAAGGAAGAGAGGGUACAUCUUGGGGAUUUACAUGGCAUAUCAUCUGAGUACACAGCAAAGGACUAAUCCAUUCUGUGAAUUAAGAAGAUUAUGAGCUUUAGGUGAUUUGAAACCUGAAAACUUCCUCACUACUCUAUAGUGCUUCAAUUGGUAUUCAUAAAGGUUUUGUGUUAUUAUUGCAAGAUAUUUCAAAUUAUUUCACCCCUUCAUGCCGUAAUGCUACACUUCUGCACCCCUCUCUGAGGGGAAAUGUAAAGCUUUUUGGUACAGAUGGAGCUAUUGUAUUUUCCAAAAUCAUUAUGCCUAGACCAUCUUUAUUGGUUACCAUACAAAAUCUGCUUCAUGCUGCCAGUUUUUAUGGCAUUCUUCAAAGUAAGAGAGGUGGAAAUUGGAGUAAUGGACUCUUUUAAAUGUCAUAACAACCAUGGCACCACAAAUUAUUGAUAAGAAUUAAUAUUUGUGAAUCAUCAAAUUAGCCCUUGCUUCCCAGGUUACAUAUUACAAACUAUUAUGUAUUAUCAAACAAGUGUUCCUUCUGUUCAAGUAGAAAAGAGAUCUUUUGCAAUCUAUUCUGUAGAAUAAAUCAUGAAAGAUGGCGAAUACUUGAGCUGCUUCAGCCUCUGAUAUGUAGCAGUGGGAGCUAAUCUAAUCCUGGCAGAAUGUUUGCUACACAGAUGGUUCCUUGCUUUAAAUAUAUUUCUUCAGUUUCAUUUUCCUUUGAAAUGCAGGAAGAAAUAAACAAAGUUUCGUCCACAGCAGAUCUCCAUGAAGGAAAUAUUCAACAUCUCCAGAACAAAAUACACAAAUUAAAAUGUCAGCUGGCUACAGAGAAAGCAACAGCAAAUGAGGUAUCUCUGAGAUGGGGAUGGAAUUUUGAGUCUGGGCACGAUGAACUGGGCUUGUCUCAAAGGACAAUGGAGUGUGUCUCUGGGGAUGAAGUCAAACUGCUGUCUUCACAGCACUGAAUUUACCUCUCCGGGGCACAAGCCUGGGCAGUGUGUGUGCAGGUCCUGUGCUGUCCUGACGACAAGACCUGCCUCUCGGCCUCGCUGGUGUGGUCCAAACGAAAGCAGAGCAAUAUGUUUGGCGCCAGCUUGGCUGCAGGAGUUGCCAGAAGGAGGCAUAUAAGGCGCCAUCCAACUGUCUUAGGUCCGGAUUUGUGUAGGGUUUACCCAUUCUUUCCCAAAGGUAUUAUGCAAGGCAGUGGAGGUUUAGAAUCAGAGUUGUCCUUCUAGAUGAACUACUCCCCAGGUUGAAGAGCCUCAUCUGCCCAGACUCUUGAGUCCAUGGAAGAAUGAAUUCAGGAUUGCUGAAGGCGUAUCGUUGACAUAGCAGUUUGAAAAGGAGGUAUAGCUAAAUAUAUUGGAAUAUAGCAGUAUAUAAGUAUAUUAUAAAUAACAUAUUAGAUAUGAUUUAGUACAAGUACACAGGGGGGGGAAUGAGGUAGAUGUUUGAUAUAUGCAUGCAUACAUGCCGUUCCUCUCAAAGGAGCCCAGGGCAGCAAAAGAUGAAACAUUUUUAAAAACCCAAUACAGAUGCAGAUAUUUGCUCUCUUCCCUCUCUAGUUAAUCCAGACAAAUGGCAGUGGUGAUCUUGGUCUUCCUGAUGUUGCACAGUACCGACUCACAGCACCCAUUCUUCAGGUGAGUGGCGGGAGGGCUGUUUCAGAAGCCUCCCGAGAGUGAAGAGGAAGCUGCUCUUAAAAAUCGCUUCUUGCAAAAGUAUCUUUUCUAUUUUGUUCCAGAACCAGCACCUUUCUUCUUGUUCACACAGUGAUUAAAUGGUAUUUCCUAAACCCAGCCUCCCUCAGCCUGGUGCCCUCUAGAUGAUGAUGGACAGCUCCCACCAAUCCUAGCCGGUGUGGCAAGCAGUCAGCGGUGUGGGAGCUGUAAUCCAGCAACAUUAGAAAAGUUCCAGGGUGGAGAAGGCUGUCCAGAAACCAUUCUUUCUUGUGUAUCCUUGCUGCUCCUUAAUUUUGUCUGCCCUCUUUGCAUCCUGAAGCUUUGCUGGAAAUUGCACUGAUUUCCUACCUGAAAAUCCUUUAUUUUCCUCAUACCAUCUUAAACUUUCUCCCUUUUCACAUUCUGUAGGAUGAGCUUCUGAAGGUCAGGAACCAAGAAGGUCUUCUUAAUGACAUAAACACCAUACAAGAAUCAGAAGAAAUGAAGACACUGUUUGCUUUCCUAGAACAGGCAUAUGACUAUGUGGAUGUCUGAAGAAAGUCAGUUGAAGGACAUUACUUAUUGAAGAACAAGGAUUAGCCCUAUUUCUUGGUGCUUUUAUCUUCCAUGAACGUUUUGUUCUCAAAACAUGAUGGUUAUGAUGGUACUCUGUCUUCAGGAAAGUGAUGGAUUGUUACAAUCUGCAUUGUGUUUUGUGCAGACUUUUAAAACAAAUUAAUUGAGAUAUCUUAAAGUUAACCACCCUAUCUGACAAUAUGUAUAUAUCUUUGUAGCUUAUUUGCCUGUAUCAUGAGAAAUUUCCCUUUUAUUGCAGUAAUCCUGAUAAAUGAGUGCAAUAUUCUACAGUUCUAGUGAUACAAAGAACUUGAGAGACUGGCUUCACACAAAAGAGCUCUAUGAGACUUUUGCUUUUAUAAAUUUCUAUUUAUUUUUCCAGAUAAUGAAAUGUAAAUAUUUUUCCAGAUAAUGAAAUGUAUUGUAUUGAUUGCUGGGUCUAAUAUGAAUAAAGUAGCAUCUGCCUCACUUUUGUGACAUGCUGCAGACAUAUAUUUUUGUGUAACCAUGUGUAGCCAUCCUUGCUACAAAUAGGGUUGGUUUUGGCUACUCAAGUCAGUGCUGCUGCAGGUAAAACCAGUCAGCAGUUUGGUUUACUAAUCUCAUCAACAAGCUGAUUUAAGUGUGAACAAGUUAGGCUUAGUCAUUGUUUAUGGUUCUUUCAAAUCAUCCAGGUGCAGCCCAGGCUGGGGGAGCAGCAGUUCCAAAAGAUUAAUUGCAAGAGGGGAUGAUCUUAAGCAUGCCAUGCUGGACAUUUUAACCCAUAGACACUUCCUUUUCCAUCAACCAACAUUAAGGGGUAGGGCCUAUUGAGGGGGGGCUUUCCUGAUGGGAUGAGCCAACCUAGCCUCUCCUUCCUAUGUGUGCUACAUUCAGAAGCUGAGAAGCUUGCAGUAAGUAUCCUGGAGAUUGAACUUGGCUCUCAUCAUCCCAAGUCAUUGUCAUACAGUGCUACCUCGGGUUAAGUACUUAAUUUGUUCCAGAGGUCUGUUGUUAACCUGAAACUGUUCUUAACCUGAAGCACCACUUUACCUUAAUGGAGCCUCCUGCUGCCGCUGCACAAUUUCUGUUCUCAUCCUGAAGCAAAGUUCUUUACCCGAGGUACUAUUUCUGGAUUAGCGGAGUCUGUAACCUGAAGCGUCUGUAACCCGAGGUAACACUGUAUUCCGUUGAUUCUAAGCAGAAGGAGCAGCUGCCAAGUGCCUCUUCUUUUGAAGUAAGCAUGCAGAAGAAGGGUGGAUAAGCAAAUUUGACCUUUCCAAUCUAGCAGAGCAACUCCCUGCUUAGCUCCCCAAUGUAAGUUGUCAGGGUUUUAUUCAGUGCUUCCUGCCUCAGUGCCCUAGAAAUCUACUGAGUUUCUCAUGAAAAUCGUAAGGUACAAUAAUAGGUUUUCAUUUAUAUCAAAUGGGAAAGGUUGUGAAUGAUUUAGGCUUCUAUCUGCAUUUUAAAAGAGGAAAAUAAAGUCCUGCUUGCAAUCUAACCAAAUAUAAUUUUACCUACUUGCAGUCGCCUCUUCAAGUUAAAUUUGAUCUCAUGGAUAUUGGAACUAAUGCCAAAAAGAGAGAAAACUGAAAUUAAAGGAUUACAUUUUAUUUUCAAAGCAGGGUUUGGUUCCUUUUCAAUAAGGAAAGUCACACCUGGCAUUUCUUAGGUUUAGAAACCACAAGAUUAAGGUGUAACUCUCCUUUCUUAUAGUUCUGUUUUCUUAGGUUUAAUUGUUAAGUGCCAUUCAGUUUUGGAAAACAAGCAAAACAGGUAUAUCACAUCUCUGGCUUGCAUAUUUUUCUCUCUGCAUCUUCUGAAAUAAGUCUGAAUAAAAGAAACAGCUUUCCGCUACACCCAUAAAGAUGUUGCUAGAACACUGUACAGCCAAGAGAACUGUCGAAUCAGUUUGUUUACAUGCUACUGAUCUCAGUUUUGUUUAAUGACAAAUGUGCUCUAGCCUGUGGUCCACAGGGAACUAAAAGUGCAUGUAUGGUUGCCAAGGAUGAGACUUCAGCACCUAGGCUAUAUGGAAGACAGAUUUUAGCUAGAAGUUAGAAUUGCUUUGUUUCAAAAGAAGUAUUCAUAUUUAUAUAAGUUUUAAGCGGGUUGUAAAUCAGCCAUGUUUCCCACACCUAAUAUUUAAUCAUCUUAUCUAUGCAAUAAGAUCUAUGGUAAAGAAGUAGAUACAUAGGUAAAUGGAACAAUGAAAAUGAAAUUAUAUCUAAUUCCUGAAGUUGCUGCCUUCUUUGGAAGGGGUAUGCAACUGGCCUGCUUCCAAACUUUAAUUUCAGUUUAGGAAUUUUCACAAGGUAAAAAUAAAUAGCCUAGAAGUUAGAAGUCUAUAGCCUUGAAAGUAAUUGAAGAUGGACACAGGAUUAUUCCACGUGUCUGUUCCAGAUAUAAGACUUUUAGGACCUCUUCUUACAGAUGCCUUCUCAAGAGAUGCAGAGCUUUUUCCUGCAUUAGAUAACAUUCUAAUCAGUUUCUGUUCAGUAGAUUCAGUCCGGCCCAAAGGAUUGUGGGAAGAAGCUUAGAGCAGCAUUAGGAAAAGCCUAACCGAACAAACGGGGUUUUGAACAUGGAGGAAAUUGAGAGUUUUCAAAGGCACAGAGGUCUUCUGCUUCCCACAAUAUUUGCACAGUUUAGACCAUUUCCCACAAGACUGUGUAGAACUAUGACUAGUUCUUUGAAGUCUGGUUACACCGUUGUAAUUGCUUAAUAAUUCCUUAAUAAUCAUUGUAAUUUGUUUUAAAGUAUGUGGAAAUGGGAUAUCUUACAAGAAACAGGGCUGCAAUAUCAAAUGUCUUGUGGGCAAUGAGGCAAGUUUGCAGGGCUUUUGAGUUUUUUGACCUUUACUAUUGUCUUUUAAAGCUUGUAUUGUAAGUCCCUCCUUCUGAGGGUGUGGCUAUUUCCUCUUCAUCUUCCACCUGCUCCCAGAAAAUCUAUGUAACCGAAAGUGCCUCUUAGCGUUCCAGCUGUUUCCUAUAUCUGAACAGCCAGUUGAAAAUCAGCCCCAGGUAUGCGACCUAGAUAUAUGAGGGUUGUGUGGGAUAUUUGUAUAUUUGUAUAUUUUGUUCAGAGAGUGGCACGUGUCUGUGUCCGCAGCCCAUUUUGACACAAAAUGCAGACACGGUGUCAUGAAACUUUAAUCCAAUUUAGAAUGCCGUUUUUAUCUAUACGCUAUCCGUAACAGGCUAUGUAUUUCUAUAAGAUGGUGUUUCUUUCUUACCCCAUUGUAGAAGAAUUUUGAGUUCUGCAUUCCAACAAAAUAAUCUCUGCCUUGUGAAUUUAGAGAGGGCGGCUGCCCAUGCACAGCUCCCCACCCUCUCAGGUUUAGGGUGAAGACAGGCUCUCUCUAUACUACCCUUUAUUGGGUUUAAAACUAUGAGAGUGGACAACAGUGCUGUCAAAGUUUUUAUUAGUUUUAUUUAUAAAAUGUUUACCCCUUCGGACUUGUCACUCUCAUAGCUGCUUACAGCAAACUGGAAAAGGUAGAGCAGUAAAAACAUCAAAUUUGUGGCAGUUACUGUGUGAAAUUUUCUUUUCCAAGAAGCUUAUCAUGGGUUUUAGUUCACAAUAAAGUCCAGCUGAUUAUAGGGUGCUGGGGGGUGGGGUGGGCGAUGGCACUGUAUAAAAUGUAAUCUACAAAUACAGAAGGGUAUGAUCUCUAGGAUUAUGUUUUGGGCUUCCAUUUUUCCAGUGCACUGAAGUAACAUUUGCUGCUAGUCACGGUUUUUCUUCUGCUUGUGCCCUCUAGUAGGCCACCUAUGUUUGCAUGAAGGUUGCAAGAUGCUGGUGUUAAACUGUUCUACAAAGCUGCAAAUACUGGAACACAAAUUACUCAGUAAUUUUCCUGAAUCACUCAAGGUAAUGCAAAUCUACGUAGACUUUAUUUAUGGGCUUGAAAGUCUGAACUAUCAGGGUGUAUCUUUUAGAGAGAUGGUGGAGUACAGAUUUUUGCUAUUAGACCUGAAUUUGAACUUGUGUUCCAUGCAGAAAUUCAGUGGGGGGCUGUUUUUUGUCUUUUUGAAUAGAUGGAUGGUCUGUAUACUUUUAUUAAAUAAAAAUGCAUUUUAUAUUUAUAUUAGCACCCCCAGAACAACAUUUAAACUUGCAUAAAACAAUUACAAAAUGAUCACUACAGUAUGAUAAUGAACAUUAGAAUUUUAUCAGGGGGUUGACAGUUUUAAUAAUAAUAAUCUGAUGCAAAAUGGCAGGCUGGUUUUGUUCCUGCCUUCAAACAUUGGCAUCAGUGAUUAAUGGAGACCUGUUGAAAAUUCAUAAAGAUGAAAUGUUAUAUCUACCCUAUAAAUUCAGUUCGUCAUAAAUGUGCAACACAUGCAUAGACAUAGAUGCUCAGAGAGGGUAGCAGUGAUUAUGCUUUGCAGGUAUGUGCCAGUUCUGAAUGAAAAGUGCAAGGCUCCAUUAUGCUGGUGUCUCUUCAGAUCAGGUACCCACGUUCAACUGAGGUCUCAAUUGCAGCCAGCAAAUCAAGUGAGGUGAUGCUUAACUCUGUAAGCUGAAGCAUUCAAGAAAGCCGAAUGUUUACUCCCUGAGAAAAACAAAACAAAAACUCACCAUCGUUUCUGAUACAGAAUUGUGCCUGAUUCAUUUCAGGUAAAACAUACACAACUUUUAUGGAAAACGUCAGAAUUUGCAGUCUUUUGAAACAUCUUUAAAGGCUCUUUUCAGUUUGUUGCUUUUGGAAACUUGCUUUGCUCUCCCUUGUGUUUUCCCUCCGUUUGAGCUCAUUACUGCAGCCAAGCCUUUGGCUUGCAGAGUGUCAUGGGAGUAGGGGAAGAACAACGGCCUCCAUCCUCUCUGUCCUCUUUUCUCCGUAAAUGUCAGUAAGAUCUUGCUUCCAUCUACAAUGGUUCUCUGAAAACACAUUUGCAGAAGAGAGAGGGAAAUAACUCAACCUUUUAAAGCAGCCUAAUUCUUAGUUCCUUAGGCAGUGAUGAAUAUAGGUAAAGGUAAAGGGACUGCUGACUAUUAGGUCCAGUCGCGGACGACUCUGGGGUUGCGGUGCUCAUCUCGCUUUAUUGGCCGAGGGAGCCCGCGUACGGCUUCCGGGUCAUGUGGCCAGCAUGACGAAGCCGCUUCUGGCAAACCAGAGCAGCGCACGGAAACACUGUUUACCUUCCCUCCGGAGCGGUACCUAUUUAUCUACUUGCACUUUGAUGUGCUUUCAAACUGCUAGGUUGGCAGGAGCAGGGACGGAGCAACGGGAGCUCACCCCAUCACGGGGAUUCGAACUGCCGACCUUCUGAUCGGCAAGUCCUAGGCUCUGUGGUUUAACCCACAGCGCCACCCGCAUCCCUAUUAUGCAUAUAUCCAGUGCUUUUUACUUCUUCAAAAAAAAUGUUUAGGGGUCCUCUCAUUUUCCUAUUCAUAUUGAAAUGCUGCCCCUCACUGAGGCCAUACUUAGAUUCACAAAAUGUUUAGGGGUCUGCGUCCCCCCUGAAAUAAAGCACUGCAUAUAUCCAACCUGAGCAUAGGAUGGGGGCACUCACAGCAUUAACACCCCAACAGAUCUUGCUUCCCUAUUAGGUUUCCAGAUGGGCACCAAAGUCCAGCGUAGAGGCAGACGUGUCUCUGUCUCCUCCAGCUUCCAGCUCUUAUACACAACAGCUCUGUUGUUCUGCUGCCUAGGAUCACCUGGCAUCCAGCCAGGUGGGGGAAAAUGCCUACCCCCCCCUUGUGGAGAGCACGGUUCUUGGCUCAUGUUUUCGGAUGCUUAUGAGCACUUAACUGGCCAGCGAAAGCCAAAUGACUUAAUUUGGCCGAUCUUCCAGGUUCCCUCAUGCAAUCUAGCCUCACUGAUACAGGAUCACAGGUUUUGGAAGGGACCUAGGGUUUUAUCCAGACUGACCCUCAUAACAAUAUUUUUUCCAACCUCUAAACAGCUCAUCUUUCCUUUUGAAGGUUUAUGGAGCAGUGCUAAAUAUAAACAGAGGAAACCCCUUCAGGAAGGAAGUGGUGGUGGAUUCAUGGCCAGAAUUUAAAGCUGUUAUUACCCGCCGGCAGAGAACGGUAUAGUAAAGGGUAUAAUCUAGUGUGCUCUCUCUCCAUCUCCCUCCCCUCCCCCAUACACACAACAUUAGGUGCUGGGUGUUCAACAUUGCUUAAAAGAGCCAAGGAUUUGUGAGUUCUCCUCUUGUCUUGCAGCAUGAGUGAAAUACACUCGGAGUCGAGUGUGGAUUUCAUGCUCUUUAUUCCGCUCAUAGUAGUGAGGAAUCGAAGUUCCCCUGAAAUGUCUGCUUUAUAUACAUUAUUUACACAAUGGGCCCCACGUGAUUGGCUAAUUCCGGGAUUCUCCUGUAGGCCAAUCAGGUUGCGGAUUCACUUCCACCUGGAGUUGGAUUGGGUGGCUCCUGUGGACCAAUCACACUGCUGCAUUCUGGAUCCUGUUGUUCUAGGACCAAUCAGACUGCAGCAUUCUGAAUCCUAUUGUUCUAGGACCAAUCAGACUGCUGCAAUUUGGAUCCUAUUCAACUCAGUACAUAACAAUGAGCAUGAGGGGAGAAGAAGCUUUCACUUCUGCUUUUUAUUAAGACUGAAGCUGAAUAAACCAGUUAGUUUUAAGCAUGGUUUAGGGAGUCAGGCUAGCUUCAAACCAUGUUUUAUUAUACUGGCUUGUUUGCCCUAAAUCACAGCUGAGACUGACUACAGUUUAGGUUCAUAGAUAAUGAUGAACUAUACUUAAUUGACAAUAGAAGUUUCAACAUGAGUCCUUAAAGCAAACAAGCUUUUUCAUUUAGUUUUCUUGAUUUAUAUACAAAUUUUCCUGAUUUAUAUACAAAUGACUGCUGAAACUUGCUGUUAAUAUUUGACAUGCUCACUUCCUUACUCCUGAAAUUUGAAAUGGGAAGCCUAAUAAGAAUCGCUACAAAACUCAUUUAUUGAGAAGAAAUAAAUGCUUUUGGCCAUUGUUUCUUCAUUCUAAGUUCUCUUCACUUGACCAGCCGUUUGACCAGGCCUCCUGAUUUGAGCCCUGUGGCACAUCACAGUUUUGAUCAUAGCAACAAAACUAUUAUGUAUAUGUGUGUAUAAUGGGAUGAACUAGGGGUUUUUGUGUCUUUAAAAUCAUAGGCUGAAAGUGAUGACCUAGACCAUUUUACCAAUGCCUAUGCUGUAUUCUACAAGGACCAGCAAGCAUAUCAAGCGUUGCUGGAGAACCCAGAAACCGUGAACUGGGAGCAAGUCUUCCAAAUACAAGGUAAAGCUUAUUUCUUGCUGGGUAUUGGAAAUAAGGAUGGGCCAAUGCUGUGACUGACUUCUGAAGAAAGAUUUCCAAGCAAUAUUGUCAGAGUGUGGAAAGAAUUAGUGGCACAGACUUGAGAAUUUCAGCAAUGUGUCCUUUGUCACAAACUAGAUUUUUGCCAGGGUAUGUUGUGCCUGCAGUAUCCUAAGAAUAUCUAGAUCAAACGCUGUGCUCUAAAGAUUAUCGAAUGAAUGGUGCAAAUAUAGCAGAAAUUAAAUGGUGUAUGUUCUCUUGCAGGCUUUCACAUAAACGCUUGCUUAUUUAUGUGGCCAGCAGCAAAGUGAUUCUCUCUUUCUCACACACACACACACAGACAUGGUUGGUUUUGCACUUGGGAAUUUAAUGUGAUGAUUGCAGCUAAUGAAAAUGUGUAUACAAGUUGUUUUAUUUAAACCAUUGUGUUAGAUUCUUUCAGCUGUUUGUUUAAACGCCCCAGGGUACCUUCUCACAAAACGAAAUGAAUCAUUCAGUGAGGGAUGUAAAUUUGUCAGUACAGGUGCCCCCAAAUAUCUAUACAAAGCAUCAAAAUGAAUUUUGGGUUCUGUCUUAUGAGUGUGAAAAAGGAGCAUUUCUAAAGAAAUGAAAAGAAGUAUUUUGUGGGACACAAUACAGCACCUCUAGCUAGUUUGGCUAAACUGGAUUAGUCCAUUUCCUUAUAUCUUGCAUUUUAAAGGCUUAUUCUCUCAUUUAUUUGCACGCAGGACUGCAGGAUGGAUUAUACGACGCUUCCCAAGCUGUAGCUAGUUCCAAGCUUGUGGAUGUAAAGCAGUCUUGUUUCCAAAUGGUUAUCCAUCCAGAUCCUGAUACACUUCCUGAGGUUAAACUCCCGUAUGUUCAGUCAUAUCAUUACUAUUUUCCACAGCAAUGCCGCUCUUGAAAUAUGUGCCAAAAUUAGACACUGAUUUAUGAAGGUGGGUGAAGACGCCCCAGUGCCCUCAAGGAUUCCCCCACUCCACCCAGUCUGCUGAUUCCUGUCCUUUUCUGUAUUAAUGUUUUGCAACAUCGGGGGGCAGAUUUCAGGCGUAUAGAAUCUCAUUUGUUGAUGCUUUUUACUAGAUCCACUGGCCAAUGACAGGUGCAAAAUACGAUUGGAAGGAAAGUUGGGUGGGUGACACACAGCAUAGUGUUAAACAAGAAGGUUUAAAAUACACUCCUGAAUCUUUCCUUCCCCUAACUCUGAUCGCCACAUUUUCUAAAUUAGGAUGCUGUGACAGAUGAAGAAAAGAAUCCCCUUUUUGUAUUUUUUAACCAUUUCCAGGAGCAACUCCAUGGACAAAAUUGCUACCCUGCAGGUGUGAAAGCAAAGAAUGCAUUGUUUCUGUUGGAUGCAUUCCUUGAAACUCACCUUUGGUAUUAAGAAUGGACUUGUAUUAGCAGGAUCCAAAGGGACGCGGGUGGCACUGUGGGUUAAACCACAGAGCCUAGGGCUUGCAAAUCAGAAGGUUCGAAUCCCCAUGACGGGGUGAGCUCCCGUUGCUCUGUCCCAGCUCCUGCCAACCUAGCAGUUCAAAAGCACAUCAGAGUGUAAGUAGAUAAAUAGGUACCACUCCGGCGGGAAGGUAAACGGCGUUUCCGUGUGCUGCUCUGGUUCGCCAGAAGCGGCUUAGUCAUGCUGGCCACAUGCUGGCCACGAGGGAGCUGUACGCCGGCUCCCUCGGCGAAUAAAGCGAAAUGAGCACCGCAACCCCAGAGUCGGUCACAACUGGACCUAAUGGUCAGGGGUCCCUUUACCUUUACCUAUAAGUAUUAUCCCAAAAGGCCGAGGUGGGGAGCGACAGCACGGAAUAUCUGAUAGGCUUUACUGCCUACAGGCUCCACUUUUCCCUUCUGUUUGUCUUCAUUCCUUCCAUUGCCACCCAUCUCACGUAGGGCUUAUCCACACUUGCCUUUUGGCCCACUCUUUCCAGGCACUGGUCUGUGCUUAAAAGCUCUGCGUCCAAUCCCUUUUUUGCCCCAGAGCUUUCUCCUCAAAAGCCAGCUCUUUAGCACUCAAUCAAGCAAAUGUCAGUUCAGGUUUCCCACAGAUUGAGCUUUAAAGGGCAGAUUUUCGCUGGGAGAACUCCAGAGCAAUAGAUAAAUGCUUUUCAAUAUCUUUAUGCGCCCCCUUGCCCAGGUUGUCCGGAGUUUUGGGCUGGGUUGUCAUCAAUAUGCUGAUGACACCCAGCUUUAUCUGUUGAUGGACGGCCACCCUGACUCGGUCCCACACACUGACCAGAUGCUUGGAAGCUGUGGCUUCAAUCCUUUGAAGACAGAGGUCCUCUGGCUGGAUCAGGACAACAUGGGGUUGGGGUGCCAACUCCCAUCUCUUGUGGGGGCUCAGUUAGUGCCAGCGCCUUCUGUCAAGAGUUUGGGUGUCACCUUCAACACCUCCCUUUCUAUGGAGGCGCAGGUUGCAGCCACAGCAAAGGUGGCAUUUUUCCAUCUCCGCCGUAUUUAGCAGUUGGUCCCUUCCCUCUCUCGCCCUGAUCUGGCCACAGUGAUCCAUGCGACGGUCACCUCCAGGCUUGAUUAUUGUAACUCGCUCUACGCAGGGCUGCCCUUGAAGCUGACCCAGAAACUCCAGCGGGUGCAGAAUGCUGCGGCGAGGCUCCUUACGGGGUCCUUGCUGUGGGAUCACAUUACCAGCUGCACUGGCUCCCGGUGGAGUACAGGGUCAGGUUUAAGGUCCUGGUUUUGACCUUUAAAGCCCUAUGCAGCCUAGGACCCUCAUACCUACAGGACCACCUCUCCUGGUAUGCCCCGAGGAGGACCUUAAGGUCCAUAAAUUACAGCACUUUGGAGGUCCCGAGCCUCAAGGAGGUUAGAUUGGUCUCAACUAGGGCCAGGGCCUUUUCAGCACAGGCCCCGACUUGGUAGAACACUCUGUCACAAGAGACCAGGGCCCUGCUGGAUUUGACAUCUUUCCGCAGGACGGAGCUGUUCCGCCUGGCCUUCGGCUUGGACUCACUCUGACUCCUUAUAUGGGAUUUGGUAUAUAAAUGUUUCCUCCCUUUAUGGUCUUGAUUUAUGGGCUACUACUAAAAUGAGGCUGCAUUUUCAGCUGUAUUUUAAACCAUAUUUUAAGCCGAAUUUUAAUUAACUUUCUUUCUUUUUCUUUUUUUUCUAUUAUGUUUUAUUGUAAUUUAUAUUCAGUGUUAGCCGCCCUGAGCCUGGCCCUGGCUGGUGAGGGCGGGGUAUAAAUAAAAAUGUAUUAUUAUUAUUAUUAUUAUUAUUAUUAUUAUUAUUAUUAUAUGACGGGCACUCGGAAACAGAGCUUUAAAGUGCUCACUGUGCCUGGAAAGAGCAGAGGAUAAGCCCCUUAGUAUGUAUUCCCUGUUUUUGUGUGUACCUUAUGGAUUUUACAGCACAUUUUAAGUGGAUAAAUCUUUUUUAGGCUAGUACCUCCACCCAAGCUUGCUUCCCUUGAUGUCUCCCAUGCCAGCCUGCUGAACAGCACAUGGUCCCGAGGAGGAAGCGAACAAUGCCGAAAAUACCUUGCCAACCUCAUUUCCUGUUUCCCUAGUACCUGUGUCCUGGAUGAAGGGGGCUGCCCCAUUGCCUGGGGUUUGACGGACCAAUUUGCUACUAUGAUCCAUGGUUAUACUUUGCCGGAACACCGCAGGAAAGGGUACAACCGCCUCAUAGCAACAGUCCUUGCUAAGAAGUUACAUAGCCAGGGCUUCCCAGCUCAGGGAAAUGUCCUGGAGGAUAAUGUCCCAUCAGUAACUCUACUGAAAAGCAUGAAUGCCCAGUUCUUGCCAUGCCAGUUUGUCAGACUUAUCCACACGCCUUUCGGUUUUGUAAACACAUCUCGGCUGUAG